AUGGCAUAUUAUUUUUUGCAGUCCGUUGAAACGGACAAGCUACGCAAUAAAGCUGACACGUUACCUGCUGGUUUAACCAAGCAGCACGCAUUCCGCUCCCGUACAUAUGUAAAUGAUUAUUGUACAUGUGCGACCGCGUCAAGCGCUGAGAAUCCAAAUAAUUACAGCCCAAUUAGUUCAGGGGAUGAGCGCAUCAUGGAACCUCAGUAG